AUGUAACGAAAGGACGUUGGAAAGUGACGAGGCCAGUUUAACCGAAGUCAUUCUACUAUAGGCUACUCAGAUGCGGACAUGUUUUAGUGAAACAAAUAUUACACUGUGGAUAUACAGGAUUAUUGAAUUGAACUUGAAUAGAAUAAUUUAAGUUAUAGAAAACUUUUAGUUUCAAACUUUUUUAAUAGUGGGACUAUUGUUUUAAACAUCCCAAGGCACACAGGAACUGGCCAAGAUAAAGUGACUACCGAAUGCGCGCCCUUUUCAGUGUCUGGUAGUCAUUUCUGCUUGGUGUAAAUAACGGACAAGCGCGUCAUUUCACUUGCGAAUCAUAUUAGCCUAUUGAGGUCGUUUUUUUCAUCCCGGGGGACCACUCACAGAGACACAGCAUCUGUGGGACCAUGCUACAAAAUGGUAUUGGUAAGGAGAAACCUUCGGAACUGCCGAAGGCUGAGCCAGAACCAGACUUCCCAUCAGAACCUUCAACCCAGCCAGCCCCCAUUGACAGCGCAGUGCGUACGGCACAGGACACGGAUUCCACGCACUUCCCCAUGCCGGAGUUCCCCAAAUUGGAGAUAAAGCGUAACGCGGUGACAGACGAUUAUAAGAUAUCUAGUCAGGUCCUUGGGUUUGGGAUCAAUGGGAAGGUUCUGGAAUGCACAAAUAAGAAGACGGGGGAGAAGUGUGCACUGAAGAUCCUCUAUGACAGUCCCAAGGCGAGGCAGGAGGUUGAGCUUCACUGGCGGGUGUCGGGGGGGCCUUACAUCGUUGGUAUUCUCAGUCUGUACGAGAACAUGCAUCAUGGGAAGAAGUGCCUGCUCAUCAUCAUGGAAUGUAUGCAAGGGGGAGAACUGUUCAGCCGGAUCCAGGCCAGAGGAGACCAAGCUUUCACUGAGAGAGAGGGCUCAGAGAUCAUGCGGGAUAUUGGCACGGCCAUCGAGUUUCUCCACAACAUGAACAUCGCACACAGAGACAUCAAGCCUGAGAACCUGCUGUACACUCAUCAGAAGAGCAACGGGACUCUCAAACUGACAGACUUUGGCUUCGCUAAGGAGACCACUCUACACAACCUCCUGCAGACCCCCUGCUACACCCCUUACUAUGUGGCUCCUGAGGUUUUGGGCCCGGAGAAAUAUGACAAGUCAUGUGACAUGUGGUCUCUGGGCGUCAUCAUGUAUAUCCUGCUGUGUGGUUUCCCACCGUUCUACUCUAACACGGGCCAGGCCAUCUCUCCAGGGAUGAAACGGAGGAUCAGGAUGGGCCAGUACGAGUUCCCCAAACCUGAGUGGGCUGAGGUGUCAGAGGAAGCCAAACAGUUGAUCCAUCAGCUGCUAAAGACAGACCCCAACGACAGAAUGACCAUCACACAGUUUAUGAACCACCCCUGGAUCAAUCAGUCCAUGGUUGUUCCCUCCACACCGCUCCACACCACACGGGUCCUGACUGAGGACAGAGAGAUGUGGGAUGACGUGAAGGAGGAGAUGACCAGUGCUCUGGCCACCAUGCGUGUGGACUACGACCAGGUGAAGAUCAAAGACCUGGACACCUCCAGCAACCCACUGCUCAACAAGAGACGCAAGAAGGCCGCUGCCGGGGGCAAAUUGGGAGGCAGCGUCUGCAACAGCCAGUGAAAGACUGGAGGUGGGAGGGAAGCCACAGCCAGAACAGAAAGGGAAGCCCAGAGGACACACCUGGAACAGCUGGGAGGGGAAAAGACUGUGGGAGGUCUGGGCAGAAACAUGCAGAAGAGAUUUAUCAGGGGGAGUGUGUUCAUACUUAAAUCAGCAGAGGGAGAAGAGGGGAGGCUUAAAGGAGGGAGGGGGUACUGUUAGGAAACAGCAGGGAAAUGUUAUUUGGAGAUUCUCAGCAAUCAGUCGAAUUGAAGGACACAUGAAGUGAUGACAAUGUAUGAAACACUUAUCAGCCAAGAUCAGCAGGCCUUCAUACUGUAGGCCUUCAUAAGUUUUUAAUUUGAUUGUGUGUUAGUGUGUGUGUUAUUUUGAAAGGUCAUUCAGGAUCUGCUCUUUAUAAGUUCCUGUAUGUUUAUUGUGUGUGUGCCUGUGUGUUUAUGUGUGUUGUAACCAAUGUUCCCUCUAAAAAUGCUCAGCACUGAGCAAAUUUCAGGUCUGCUGAACACAAACUUGAACGUUGUGAAAAUUCUGUGCAACUUCCAGUGUGCGUUUACUGUGAACACUUGGGCUGUACCCGCUUUCAUUUACAGUUAACAGUGGCCAAGUCAUCUACUGUGGCAAUUUGAUCAUAAUGUAGGCCUAUCAGAGUGGCCUACCAUCAAAAACAAUGGAGAAAAUGCAUCCCAUAACAUUUUAACAUGGAAAUAGCUGUUCUAUCAUUCAGCCUGCAGUAGCAGCCAAUGUGUGGUGUUCAAUGUACGCCAACAUUCCAUGAGACUUUUGAAGAAAAAAAAACAUACAGGGCCUGACAUUAACCUGUUUAUCCACUUGUUCUUCCGACAAGGAGGUGACUGAAAAUGUUGUGUUGUUUGAUGCAAGAAACUGCUUUUCAAAAUAAAAUGCAUUAUUAUUCCCAUACCAUUAUUAUAGAGAAUCAGACAAAUUAUACUAACCUCUGCCUAUUGGCUACUUAGCUUAUUCAAGCGUUUCUCAAAAUACAACACUGCCCCUUUAAGACAACAAAAGCUCUUUACCUGACUCUCUUUUCAAAGAUGUCUCGAAAUGUACACGAUUUGUGCUCUUGUAGGAAGUAAAUACUCCCCUAUUGCUUACUACAAAGCAUCUAUAACUGGGCUAAUAACCGAGCUCAGAACCACUCAUGCUGUAAACACAGUCCAGUUCAAAGUAAAUGGCACAGAUCCAUAUAUGGCAAUGUUCCAUUGGCAUAUAGGCCUACUGCAGCUCUGAUUGGUUAAGCCUAACUGGUCUGUGUAGAGCAAGGGCUGGUUGGUACAUGUCAAUGCAAUAGAAUCCUACUCUGAUGCAUUCUGCCUACAAGAAAAUCUCUUGCAUAGUUAAUUUUGUUUUGAUAUGUUGCAUUGAAAGUGGCUAAUAUUGCGUUGAUUCGAUCAAAUUUGCCACAGUAAAGGCAAAACAUUGUGUUAACAGGGAAAGCUCUAGAACAGUGGUCACCAACCUUUGAGUUAAAAUCACUGAGUCAAAAUGCAAACAGAGAUCUACCGCUUAGACUUUAUUUUUUUAUUGUUUUACAUUACUUAAAAAAACAUAAGCCUAUGCAACAUUAACCAAUUAAAAACAGUACUGUAGCAAUGAGGUUUGUUCAGUAAGCUAUAGGCCCAAUAUAUUUUCAUUGCAUAUAGGCUAUUCUUCAAUUGCCCUGCCAGUGCAUUGUUGUUUGGGAAUUCGAGGUAGGAUACUGUAUAUGAUCACACCGAUAAUAGAUCCGUUGUUGUAUUACUUAUGCGGCACAGCUGAGUGAGCAUUCAUUUAAAUAAUUUGCUUUUAUUUUAUUGGGUCGAUGGUACCUGAAUCUAUGGUCAGUCUCAGCGGAGGGAGAGAGCAGCAUCCCUCUGCUCUCCCUUUCCUCCACUGACACGGACCAAAAAGGGAAACAGUCUUCCAGCUGAUGGCGAAAACUUGAAUCGCACCACAUUAUUUCUGCCUCAUGUACAAAUUCAUGUUGUUCCUCCUAUGAACAGAGAAAGUGAAAUAUUAUUCUAUAUUAAAAAAAGCCUCAAGCCUCUAAUAAUAAUAAAGCAAAAGUCCCCUCUCCUACCUUA